UCGGGCUUUUUGCGUCGCCGGAGCUCCCGAAAUCAAACCAACGUCAUCACUUGGUAGAGGGAAGGGCUGACGUCAGAAAAUAGCUUCCAAAGGGAGAGGGUAUGAGCGGGAGGGGCAGCGGCAGAAGUAGAGAAUUUCACCAUUGCUAGCAUUGAAUCCCCCUCGUCCACCCUUCCCUCUAGCCCCCCUUCUCCCUACUACGUCGGUGUUGGCGCGUUGGGAGCCCCCCUUCAUCACCGGAAUCCCGGCCUAUAUAACUUACUCGAGAGCAGAGUCCCUCCACCAGAUUUACGGGAUCCGGACAUCUGGGCGAGAGACGGCUACUACAGCCGCCGAAUCACUCACACUCUGAACGGGGGAGAUACAUUCAACGGCUAGCCAGCAACCUUGCUGGACGCUGUGGCGGAACCGAAGAGGAAAAAAUCACUGAUAGGAGAAGGUCUGAAGCCUUACUCUGGAACGAGCUGAGAUGAAAGUCCAAUAGUACUACGACAAGGUUAUUACUACUAGCCUAUCUCUGACACCUCAUCUUGAGGGAAAGAUACCCAGACCUCAUCUGACGCCACGGUCAAUACUAUUCCAUUAAGUUACAAUUUAAACUGCAGGGAAUUUAGUCAAUCACUAUAACAGGCUACAAUGUAUCGAUCAACGAAGGGAGCGUCAAAGGCUCGGAGGGACCAAAUCAACGCGGAGAUUCGGAACCUGAAGGACUUGCUUCCCAUAUCCGAUGCGGACAAGGCACGACUCUCAUACCUACAUAUCAUGUCCCUUGCCAGCAUGUACACCAGGAAAUCGGUUUUCUUCUCUCAAGAAUCGGGAUCUGCUGGCAGUCUCGAGGAAAGCGCGAGAUUCCUGUCUUUCCACGAGCUGUCAGAGCUGGUGCAGGAGCUACCUGGGUUUCUGCUCCUGUUGACCGGGGAAGGCAAGCUGCUCUACCUGUCAGACAGCAUCUCCGAGCACCUCGGCCACUCCAUGGUGGAUUUGGUUGCCCAGGGUGACAGUGUGUAUGAUAUCAUUGACCCUACUGACCACUUCAUCAUGAGGACCAACCUGGCCCCUCCUACAUCACCUGACACAGAUCGUCUAUUCCGUUGUCGUUUCAACACUUCCAAGUCGGUGCGCAGGCAGAGUGCCGGGAACAAGUUGGUUCUGAUCCGGGCGCGCUGCCUGUCCCCUCCCUCCUCCUCUUCCACCCCUAGCUCCUACUGGACAUCCAACCCUGUUUGGAUGUGCUUCUGUUCCCCUCUGGAGGCAGUCCCCACCCGCUUUGGCCCUGGGGGGGACCACGUUCCUGCUCUUAUCCCUCCUGCUGCUGAGAACAACUUCUUCCUAGCCUCGUUCCAGUCUCAACACAGCCGAGACAUGAGGCUCCAGAAUGCACAGGACAGUGUCAGUGUUUACCUAGGUCUCGAUGUGUCAGCCCUGAGGUCUCGUUCCUGGUACAGCCUCCUCCACCCACAGGACCUGUCACACGCCUCUGCUCAGCACUGCAGCCUGUUGAGAGAAGGAGGAGAAGGUAGAUCUGAGAUGGUGGUACGGGUGGAGUCUGCAGACCAGUCCUGGGUCUGGCUUUACAUGGUACUGCAGCUGGAGGCAGGAGACAGCCCCAUCAGCAGCAACAACUACAUACUUAGUGAAGCGGAGGGGUGGUCAGUGAGACAGCAGCUGAGCACAGAGCAGACCCAGCUGACCCUGGUACUGAGUACCAGUACCUCCCGCCAGGACAGCUUGAGCCUGUCCAGCCCAGACCAAGUCUUCACCCCCAGCAGCAGUGGCCUAUCAGCCCAGUCCUUUGACUUCAGCAUGACUGUGUCGAGUGUGGGCUCCUCCGAUGAGACAGGGGGUGCCACCACUGAACCCAUGCAAGUGGAGGGUGACCCUCGCUCCAGUAUUUCCUCUAUUGAGGAGGAGAGCUUCUUCCAGCAGCAGCAGAUGCCUGCCCCUGUCCAAAGCCCAUCCGCUGCCUCCUCCCCCACCCCGGUUACCGUUGCCACGGUAGCAGAUCUGGACUUCCUCACUCAGAACAUUCUCUUGCCCCCUUCCUUCCAGCUCGAACCUCCGCUGCCUGCCCUUCCCCUGCCCCUCCCCCCAGCGCCCACCUCUCAGGAGCAGCAGACCAAAGAGUUUGUGUGCACGCCCCCCUACACACCCCAACUGGGCGGUGGCAGCUUCCUGUUCGGCGAGCCCCUCUUUAGCUUCGACCCCACUGGCACCACCACACCCCCUCCCUCCACCACCACAGCUACAGCCACCACCUCCAUUGCCACCUCCCUCUCCCCCUCCGCCCCACCCGCCCCACCCACCACAGCCUCCAGUCCUGCUCCCCCCUCCUCCCUGUGCCUCACUGGCCCCUCCACCGACCUGUUCUUCCCUGCUGAUCCCUGCAGUGGCUCUCUCUAUGAGAAGCUACCCCCCACCCCUGACAGCCCUGGGGAUGGGGACUGCACAGUGAUGACCUUGCCUGAGGUUCGGGGACCCCUGUAUGUAGAUGUCCCUUUAGGGUCCCUUCACUACCCCCUCGAGGGCCUCCUAACCCCAGAGGCCUCCCCCGGUAAACAGCCCUGUCUCUCUUUCUUCUCCCUGGAGAGAGAGAGGGAGAAGGAGAGAGCAGAGAUCUCCCUCUUAGCUCAGCACAUCAGCUCCUUAGCAGAGGGAUUCUACCUGGAUCCUCUCUUAUCCAAGCUAUCCCCUCCUUCCAUGUCCCCCUCCUCCUCCCCUCCCUCCCCCUCCCUCUCCCCAUCCAUAGACACCGCUGGUGUUGACUCUAGCCACAUGCUGGGAGAGUUUUACCCGGUUAAAGCGUGGAGAGGCCUGGAGUUCCCCAUAUUCCAUGAUGAUGAAUCUCUGUUUGAAGAGAGCAUCUUAGAAGCCCUUCUCCAGGACUUCUCCACCCCUCCGCCCCUCUCCCCCAACCCACCCUCUCCCCCCAACCCAGUGUGCUGGCACUCACCCUCCCACUUUGAGGGGGUCAGCCACUUCUGUAGCGUCCAAUCGGCGCACUGUAACCCCACGGCCGGGUGCGGGGCGACGUUGGCCGGCGAGUCCGGGGCGAUGGCAGAAGUGGAGGGGCUGGUGGAGGAGCCUAUGGAGAUUGAGGUGGCGUCAUCACCUCUGUCCACCUGUUCCUCCAUUCCAGCAUCCCCUCCCCUGCGACUCACUGCCUCCCCCACCUCCGCCCCCUCCACGCCUGUCGACCACUCUACACCCGCCGUGCCUUGCGCUCAGUCCCUCCUGGAGGAGCUGGCCGCCCUGGAACCCAUGUUUGGGGCAGGUGCCUCGAUCGCCCCCGGCUUGGGUCAACAACCUGAGUUGUAUCAACUCCAGUGUCACCAGCCGCCACAGUGCUUCCACAAAGAUGGGAGUGGAAGUGUUCCCCCGUUCUAAAUAAGUCUGUGACUUACUUCAUUAAGUAUGGCAUAUUGUCAUAUUUCGUGGAGCUAUUUUACUGAAAAGUAAAAAUGAUUUAAGUGUAUAAAUAUAUACAUAAUGUAUACUACUAAAGGACUUGAACUCCUACAUGUCUACCGAGAACAAAGAUUGACUUCAUAUUUUUGUUAAUUUAUUCAUUCCUGUAUUUCUAUUUCAACAAAUGGUGCAACGUUUACAUAAUGGUGCAAUAUAUACAUAAUGGUGCAACAUUUUCCAACCGAAUGGACCCACAACUGACUGAGUUUUGGGUCCAUUUGGUGCCUCACAGCUUUUCUGUAACAUGAGCUUCAGAUUGGAUCAGACAGAGACGUAAACAAAACCUCUGACCUUGUAAAGCGCCGUUUAACUUCCAGACGCGCAUUUGUAUUCACUCGUAGUGAAAAACCUGUUGUGAACAAAAAAAAAAGAACACAUUCCUUGACAUUUGAAUAGGAAAAUGACUUAACAGCACUAUUGCUUGUAAUGCAGCAACGCAAACCCAAAUCACAAAUGUGAUGAAAGUCUAUGUUUACAAAAACUCUACUGACCUGGUACAACCGCUGACAGUAGCUGACAAAAUGGGAUCCGAUUUCCUCACUCACAUCUUCAAUAUUUAGUUUCCACAGAGAGACACAUAGUUCUACUCUGACCUUCUGGUACUCCUCUCUUGUCAUGGCCUUUAAGGCCAUGUCAAAAUGUACAAAUACCGUAGUCAAACUAAGCUAAUACUUCAGACACUUUGAGCUUUGAGUUUGCAGGCUGCACAUUUUAAAACAUUUGACUUCAUGUUAUUUCUCCAUUACAAACUUGUGUAUCAAUGUGAUGUGCAAAGAAAAUACAAUACAAAACAUAUGAAGACAAGAGAUCUUGGAAUGUCCACAAGCAGGAACGCAUGACAAAAGUUUUCCGGUAUUUAUUAGGUGUUGCCAAAUAGAAAUCGUCUGGAAGUUACUCAACAACUGUGUGUGGUUCUGUUGUGUACAGGACCAGCACAUUGUACAAUAGACUCUGAAUGUGGGCUCUUUAGGUCACCGUUCUCUUGGGCUUGGCUUGAAGGGUAGCUAUGCUGGAUUUUCUUGCAGCAUUAAUAUUUGCAAUGCUGGCAGUUCAUAGCGGCUCCUGUGUGCCUGGCAUGGCCAUGGCCUACUGAACUCUAACUGAACUCUUUCUCCAUGUCCAUUAACCAAUGGACAGUCACAUCAUAGCUCGAAUGGAGUUACGGUGUAAUGAGACACAACACGACUACGUGAAUGAAAAUGUGAUUCUUCUUUUUUGAGAGGGGUUGGAAGAAAAAAAAAUGGAAGUUUUGUUUUAAAAAAUGACCUGAAAAUAGUGUGAUGGGGUGCCAUUUCUAUUCAGUUCCUCCUAAGUGACACGGGUUGAGAAUGGUACUAUUCCCAUGGUGUCAACAUGCUAACGUAGAGUUGUCUACGGUCAAGUAAAGGAUUGAUUCCUACGUUCUAGCUAUUAAAUGCUAAGUUGAACAUAUGUGUAGGUAUAUUAUUGUAUGUGUUAUAUUGAAAACAAUUAUUGAUGUUCAAUGCAUAAAGCAUUAUGUCUGUGGAUAUAUGCACAUGCCGUAUUUUUGAAGGGUUGUACACAUUUGUACAUUUGUAUGAAUACAUCAGUCUGUACAUAGACAUUUAUAUUGUUUAAGAGGGUCUAUAUUCACAUGGUGAUAUAUUGAAGAAUGGACAUUGUGGAUCAGUGUUCUUUUGUGUUGCUGAUAAGUGUAUUUGAUUGUCAAACAAAUGCAUUUAUAUUAAAGUGCACUUAAAGCGG